CGAACGCGAUAUUCGCAGAGAGACGGACGCGUGACCAAUACGUUUACUCCGACCUCUAAUUCCAGACGCGGCUGAGUCAUAAGUUAUGAAUUUUCUUUUCGGCGCGACGUUGCUGGCAUUUGCGAUCUCAGCUGGCAGAGCCUAUGAGAGUGCGGAGAGUGACGACAACGACGAGGCGCCGGACAAUUGCCCAAAGGAACAGCAGCUGUGUAGGUUGGAGUGGCGCAAUAAUACUGUAGAGCGCUGCUUAGACAAACUCUUCAGAGCGGACAUCACGGGUCUGGCCUAUUGCAAUGCGCUGCACUGUGAGCCGGAAGCGUUCGUCCACGACUACAUCACACGCAAUCACGAUCAGAGUCCACAUAACAACACCUGGAAACGGGCCAGGAUUGGCGAGGCAGCCACUCUGCACGAUAUCUGCCUGCUUCGGAACGGUUUGCCCGUGACGCGAAAAUGCCAAGUGAAGGGUAUGCGCGCCCAGUGGGAGCCCAUUGACAAAUGGGCACCUGUUGUGUGCAUGCGACGUUUCAGAGAGCGCUCGAUCACCGUGGAGCUUAACAGUCUGCAUGAUGACCUUCUAGAAGGCAGACGGCGCACCAAUAACACCCAAGAACGUCGUCACACUACGGCCCUAAUGAGAGAUAUGUUUAGGCAGGAGGAUAGAACCUUGCUGCCAGCCGACGUCCAUGUUGCCGGCCAGGUGUUCGUUGAGCUUAUGGAGCAGGAGAAGGAUGCGGCACUGAGUGGGGAUUUGAUCAGCAUUUGUCGAGAGAUCAUGUCUAGCGAUGCGAAUGUAUUGCAGCUAUCGGCACAACUGAACGCAACCAACUCGUUGUUAAAUAGCUUCGAGAAUUAUAUGGAUGCACUGCCGCAGCAGCUCGUACCCAGGGAGAGCUGCGGCAAAGUGGUCGUUCAUGCGGCCAGUGAGGCGAGUGACUCAGCUGCGAAUGGGGUGGAAGUGUUGAGCAAAGCGAAUAUUGGUGUACACGCCCUGAUGAGCAACAAUCUAAGUGUACUCUUCGUGAAUCCCGCCUGUGAUAAUAUCACUGGAAUCGCCAUUUAUUCGUCAGCAGCUCCGAACCGGCAGUCAUCUGGCAGUGGCUUAUGGUAUCGCUUUCUAUAUGCAAACGAGAAUCUGGAGCAGCUGAGAAGGGAGACAAAUCUGGAGACGGCCACUUACGUGCCGGAGCAGCUGUGGCGGCAGCUAAGCCAGAGAGGCGCCUUUUAUCUGAUACUCAAGGUCUACGCUCAUGACGGUCUCUUUGUGGAAGCCACUCAGAAGCGCAGUCGGCGACCCCGCAGCAAAGUGCUAUCGAUAAGCAUACCCGGAUUUGAGGGUAAGGCCUUGCCGCAAUCACUUCCCUUUCUGCUGCACAACGAGAAUCAUCGGCAACCAGAUGCGCUAGCCGUAACGACGGGCAGUGGCUGUGGCUACUGGAACUAUCAGACCUGGCUGAGCGACGGUAUCACAACCAGCAGUGGAACGGAUAUGCUACGGGAUCCGGUUAUCGUCUGCCAAACGCGGCACCUGACCCAGUUCUCGUAUCUGUUGGGCGGCAGCUAUCGCAGCAACGACCUGGGCGAGGAGGUGCUGGUGACCCCAAUCAAUGAGCGCGUGCUGGACAUCAUAUCUAUUGUUGGCUGCUGCCUGUCGCUGUUUGGCAUUCUGGGCAUCUUUUUGACCGCGGCGUUGUUCAGAAGCUGGCGCAGUCAGGCUUCCACGAAGGUGUUGAUGCAUCUCUGCAUGGCAAUGAUGCUGCAAAUGGUGCUGUUCGUGUUCAUCAAUACGGACGACAUUUCGGAGCAGCUAGUUGACCAGGGGGAUAACACCCGCUGCGUACUCCUGGGCGCUACUUUACAGUACUCCAUUCUGGCAUUGUUCUGCUGGAUGCUGAUCAUUGCAUUCCUCCAGUUCCAGCGCUAUGUGACGGUGAUUGGCAUCGAGCGACCGAGGCACUACAUCCUCAAAGCGGCCCUUGUGGCCUGGUCCUUGCCUCUGUUGCCCACAUUGCUGGUGGCCUGCAUCGAUCCGGAGUCCUAUCUGCCCACUGCAGAGCAACUGGCCAUGGACACGGGCAUAUGUUAUCCCUCCGGCUAUGGGCUUAUCUUUGGCGUUGUCCUCCCUGUCACGCUCAUUACUGUUGCCAACCUGGUGAUCUUUGUCUAUGUGUUCUACAGCAUCUCCCAUUCGCUCAGUCAGAGCAUUCAGCGGGCGGAGCGCAAAUUGGUCAGCAAACAGAUUCGUCUCUCUGUGCUGCUCUUUUUUCUGCUGGGUCUGUCCUGGAUCUUUGGCAUCUUUGCCUUCUUGCAGGCUGGCGUGGCCUUUUCCUAUCUCUUCUGUCUUACGGCCACGCUGCAGGGAUUCGUGCUUUUCGUCUACUUUGUGCUGCUCGAUGAGGUGAAUCGAAGGGCUUGGAUAGGACUACUGUGGCCAACGAAGAUGAAAAUGGAUGUGCAGAAGCGCACGACAGAGCUGCAGUCGAUGACCACCUCCUCAACCAACUACUCAGGCAGAUCUGAGCAUUACUAAGCUGCUGGCCUUAUAUUUAAAAGCGAACAAAGUUUUAUUAGAAGUAUUUUAGAAGUAUUUUAUUGUAACUCAUUAAAUAUAAUUUCUAUUAUUCCAUACCUGAGACCUGAGAAAUGUGUAAGAGCGUUCAAAAUAUAUAUUAGCCCUUAGAAUGGGUGACUAAUACUAUGA